AUGGGUGCUGGUCCGGUCAACAGCUGUGCACUGCAACCCAUGGUUAACCAACAUUCCAAGUCACCGAUGCCUAACCAAUAUAAGCCCACUCCACCAUUGGACGAGACCGCGCCCCAUAUUCUCCGUCUAUGGAAGGCACGUCAGAAUGACAGGCAAAUCGUUCGCACUUUGCGGGAGAAGCACAUUGACACGGAGCGUUAUGGCAUUGGGCUCACCAAAUUUAGAGAGAUACGGGAGAGCAUGGGCCUCCAAUGUACUCGUCAGCAAGGCCAUACAAUAGAGUCUAUCCGUGAUGCUAUGAUCGAUAUCCGCCAGAUGUAUCCGAAGGCCGGAAUCUGA